CACUGUUUCGCUAACCCAUCCUCAACCGGGAUUUGAAAUUCCUGCCGGUCUGAAGCCAUGGAAUUGGUUUCUUCCAUUUUGCACCACCAUAACAGUAUCCAAGCUCCAACUCUGGCAUUCGCCGCCUUCAGAAACUCUCCAAUUUACUCCAGGCGGCUUCGAGUUCAAUCUGCUCCAUUUCACUACCCAACACGGCUUUUAGAUGGCUGUAGUUUUAGACGAAGGAAUGAUUCUGCAAUUCUGUGCUCAAGGAAAACUGAACAAGGAGAAAAAUCGUCUACAUCAGGGACGGAUCUGUCACACAAAGGCCCAGUUGAUAGCUAUGACGAUAUUGAUAUCUCUUGCAGUACAGAUGGGUCUGUGAAUUAUUCGUCUUCUGUUAGGAAUGUAGCUCUAUGUGUGUUGUCAGCUGUAGUGUUUGGUGUUGGUUUGGGUUCUAAGGAUGGAAUUGGAAAGGCAUCUGAGUUUUUUGCUGGGUAUAUCCUCGAGCAGAGCUUGUCCGUGGACAAUUUGUUUGUCUUUGUUUUGAUAUUCAAGUAUUUUAAAGUGCCACUCAUGUAUCAGAAUCGAGUGCUUUCAUAUGGAAUUGCUGGAGCAAUAAUCUUCCGGUUGUCUAUCAUACUACUUGGGACAGCAACUAUUCAGAGAUUUGAAGCAGUUAACCUACCAUUGGCGGGGCUACUCCUAUACUCAUCAUUCAAGCUGUUUGCUGAAGAAGAUGUUGAUACUGAUCUUUCUGAAAACUUCAUAGUAAAGACUUGCCAGAGAUUCAUUCCCGUAACCUCUGAGUAUGAUGGCAAUCGAUUCAUUACAAUUCAGGAUGGAAUUCGAAAAGUGUCACACAUUUUGGGCAGGCUACACCUUUACUUCUCACGGUUGCCGUAAUUGAACUCAGUGAUAUUGCAUUUGCUGUGGAUUCUAUACCAGCUGUUUUUGGUGUUACCAGAGACCCUUUCGUAGUGUUCACUUCUAAUAUCUUUGCCAUUUUAGGUACCGGUGUUCUACAUUUCUCUUUUCAUUCUAAGUCUCCAAAAGUUGUUACGAUUCUUGAAUCCAAUUGCAACUGAGUGGUUUUUCCAAAUCAAAGUCGAUAUAAAUCAUGGAUCUUGCUCUAUUUUUCUCUAGUCUGCAAUGAAGUUUUUAUGACAUUUUGCAACAUGCUAGUCCGAAUGAUGAUUUUUAGCACCUUUCCUCAUUCAAGGUGUUGAUAUCUUGUAGUGUAUUCUGUUUGAUGGUGAACCCUCCACUCCCGCCUUCAGUGAGAGCGUAACAAAUUUGAUCUAAUGAA